UACGGGGCCUUGGGGGCCGGGGAAGGGCGAAGACAGGGGCGGUGGACACGCCCAGGGGUUUGACCUUUUGGUCCAUGGGUGGCACGCGGGUGCUCGAGCGCGGACCGGGAGCUGCGGGGUUUGACUUUUUUCCCCCCCUCCUCGCUGCAGCCUCCGCCAUCCUAGAAUGUGGGGAGGGUCAGGGAAGCCUGUAGACAGAUGGAGAUAACUGAGCCCGUCCCGCUUCUUGUUGAGCACUUCUGUCACCUGCCUUAUCAGUGAAUUUUGUCAUCUUUGAAAUUGACAGGGAAUGGUGCCAGAACAGAGGGGAGGCGGCUGGAGUUUGCCUAUGCUUGCUGCGAGGCCGAGAUGUUGGGUUUGAGUGCAGUGCGUGGACGAAUAGCUUCUGGCGAGCUGCCCUUUUCCGACUGCAGAAAUUUUGAAAGAAUCGGAGCUAGUUGGCUAAACCAUAUACCUAUAUAGUGGAUACAUUACACAUGUCCAGGUCAGCCUUUGGGACUCAGUUCUCUUCUACCUCAUGCAGACAGAGUCUUUCUUAAUGUUUCUGCUGCACUGUGUAUUCCUGCCUAGCUGCCCAAGAACUUCUGGGCAAUUCUCUAGUCUUCGCUUCCUGUUUCUCAGUAAGAGUUGUGAGAUUACAGAUGCAUGCAUAUCACCCCAUGAAGCUUUUUAAGGCCAUUCAGAAAGGCAAUACAGAAGUUGCAAGAAUUCAUGCUGAAAAUGCAAUCCGUCAGAAAAACCAGGCAAUCAAUUUCUUGAGAAUGAGUGCUAGGGUUGAUGCUGUGGCAGCCAGAGUUCAAACUGCAGUAACAAUGGGCAAGGUGACAAAAUCCAUGGCAGGUGUAGUUAAAUCUAUGGAUGCUACAUUGAGGAGUAUGAACCUUGAAAAGAUUUCUGCCUUAAUGGACAAAUUUGAACAUCAGUUUGAAACAUUGGAUGUUCAAACACAACAAAUGGAAGAUACAAUGAGUAGCACUACAACCCUAACAACACCACAGAACCAAGUGGAUAUGCUGCUUCAGGAAAUGGCAGAUGAAGCUGGCCUUGAUCUCAAUAUGGAGCUCCCACAGGGGCAGACAGGCUCUGUUGGUGCAAGUGUUGCUUCUACGGAGCAGGAUGAACUGUCGCAGAGGCUUGCUCGUCUUCGUGAUCAAGUGUAACUUAAAUAACUGGUGCUUCUGUUUCCUCCACGUGUGUCUGAAACAGCCUCUAUGUUUGUAUAUAUAAAGUUGCACUCUAGUUAGAAAAACACCAUACAUGCCAGAAUGGUUGAACAUUAUUUAUAUAUGAUGCUUUAUUUUGCCUUGUGUAAUUUGCAGUGCAUUGAGAAAUUCCAGGGAAUUUCCACAUUGGCAGAUUUUAUAGUUCGGAAUAUUAUGUGUAAAGGUGUAAGGUACAUACUUUUGUAGAUGUCUUUGACAAAGCUAGCAUUAAUUUUCUUUAUAUUAUACAUCUUCCUCAAAUAGUAGAGAAACAUCUAGCAGCAGAGUACUACUAACUAAAAUAAUUUUGUCAGAGUAAGCUUUGGGUUUUUUUUAUUGAAAGGAAUUUUCAGUCAUUGUGAUGAAAUGUGAUUUUGUAAAAAUAAAAACAAGGAAAGCAUGUUUAUUUAAUAUGUUUACAUAGCCCCAAGCGUCACAAAAUAGGCUGUAUCAUUUUCUAUAGGACUUAUAAAAAUUAUUUUUAUUUUGUA